ACAUGAAAGCAUCGGGUGGGCCAGCCCUUCUGCCAGGAGGCCCCCAAAAUACUUGGGGGGACGUAUUUGAGAAAUUUCUCCCCUCUUCUCACUUGUGUCCUGUGAUACUGUGCGGUCCCCAUGUAUUGGUUUCCUUUUGAGCAGUAGUUUAGGUGGGGACCACUUUUUCAAGAUGAAGAGGGCUUAAAGAGAUAGGAGGGCUGGUGUCUGCCCAGGAAAGCAAGACAAGGCUGACAGAAGGCUUUCUGUUGGGGCCGAGUGGGGCCUUGCCUGGGUUACUGAGCGGAGUGCCGGUCUCCAUGCUUGUGAGUUUUGUAAACAGUGUGUCUUCAGCGUCAGGUGCCUGUUUGGCAAGGUCGGGUGGGCUGCACUCCAUUGUCCCCUCAUCCCCAGGCUGGGGGCCUUUCAGGAACUGUAAGUGCAGAGAAGGGGGUUUGUGAAGCUGUUUGCAUUUUAGGAAGGUGUCUGGAAGACAGGGUGGAGGGAAGACGGGAGGGAGGAAGGCCAGUGAGGAAGAGGCUGAGAAGAGCAGUGAUUGAAAGUGGUGGAAGGAAGGAAGGAGAAGGGAUGUAAGUCCUUCAACGGCAGGGACCAGCUGCCUUGAACCCGCAGCGAGUGUCCUAAGCUUGGACAGUAUGUGGCACAUAGGACAUGGAGGCACUUAAAGGUUUGUUAGCCAGGACUCAUGCUAUGGAGAAAGGACAGGGACACCACAGUCACUCGGCCUCCUCAGAGCUCUCACUGCCUAGUGCUAACUGGGAGUGGCAGGAGCCAGAAUUCAUAGAAAAGCCUGGCACCUUAACUCAUGACACUCAUCCAGGCAGUGAACCUGGGACCUGACAUUUGGUGACACUCUGCCACAGAUGUGGGAAACCACACACUGGUGGGGAAAAGAAGGAAUAUUGAACCCUUCUCACAGGCCUGGUACCUUUCUACACAAGUUAUCUCACUUAAUCUCCACAACAGUCCGUGAGGUGCUGAGAGCUCAAGGAAGGUGCCAUCAUCCAAACCACCACCGAGAGCAGAUACAGAGACACACUGGCAGCCUCAUCUUCCUUGGGUGGGCCUGUGAGGGUGAGCCCAGACUCACCUCUUCCUGACAUGCUAGUCCUGGGUGACGCAUUCAGCCAUUUCUUAUUCCUACCCUGCCCCACUGUCAGUGCCCCAUCCCUGUGAAUGCAAACUCAGUGCAGUUAGGGAACCUGACCCUCCUUGAGGCCCCACCCGUCUCACCACUCCAGCAUCUGCAAGAGCAUAAGCACUGUUUUUCAGGUCUGCCACAGUGUCCAGCUGAGGAAGGGAGGGUCACAGCAGCCAUACUGCCAUUUUCUUGUUAGUUAUUCAGGUAGUAAAUAAUUGGGAUAGGCAACAGAAUGAGACCUUAUCUCAAAAAGAAAGAAAAAAAAAGCCAGUGACAGGAUUUGGAGGGAGGAUAGUGAGUCUAAUUGCAAAGUACUGACUGUGAGGUGCUCUGAACAUCUGACAGUGGGAACUAGGUCCAGAGUGCACGAUCUCAGUUGAGAAAUGGGGUGUGGAGGGAGUACAGGAGUACAACAAGGGCUGGGGAAGAAGCUCUCGGAACUUUGACCGAUACCUUUCCGGCAGAUGACCUGCAAAUCAGCAUCUCUAACUGAGCCUUGUCUCAGCUUGUCCCACUCUACUCAUCUCUAGACAUCUGCCUCUUAAGGUUCUUCGCACUCACCAUGGUGAAGACAGCAGCUUAUUAUCUCCCAAGAAAAUGGGUCUUUCCUCCUAGUUGCCCUAUGCUUCCAAAGAGUCUUGGAGUCUUAGUCAUCAGCCUAAGCCAUUUUGUUCUCUUGGAUAAAAUUCAGUAAAAUUUUAGCUGCCCAGAAUGUUUGAGGCUGAAGUUUCUGAUUUCUCUCAGUUAAAUUAAAGGAGGAAAAAAGGUGCUUAUUUAAAAUCUGGCUGGGCACAAUGGCUCACACCUGGAAUACCAACACUUUUUUUUUCUUUGAGACAGGCUAGAGUGCUGCGUUGUCAUGAUAGCUCACAGCAACCUCAAAGUCCUGGGCUCAAGCAGUCCUCCUGCCUCAGCCUCCUGAGUAGCUGGGACUAGUCAGGCAUGACUAUGCCUGGCUAAGUUUUCUGUUUUGUAGAGAUGGGGGUCUCGCUUUUGCUCAAGCUGGUCUUGAACUUCUGAGCUCAAGCGAUCCACUUGCCUUGGCCUCCCAGAGUGCUGGGAUUACAGGUGUGAGCCACUGCACCCAGCUAAUCACAGCCAUUCAGGAAGCUGAGGCAGGAAGAUCACUUGAGGCCAACAAUUCAAAACCAGCUUGGGCAACAUAGUGAGAUCCUGUCUCUACAAAAUAAUAAUUAUAAUAAACAAAUAAAAAGAUCUUCAUGAAAUAUUAUAGCAUAGCCUUUUCCAUCUUUGUGUGUACCAUGAGAUGCUUUCCUCCCAGAUCUUCCCACAACUCUUUCCCUUACUUCAAAUCUUUGGCUAAAUGUGCCCUUGCAGGAAGAUCUUCUCUGAUCCUACCUUAGCCAAAUACAACUUACACCCUUACCCUGCUUGAUUUACAUUCAUACCAUCUAUCGCUAUGUGAAUGGCUAAUUUUUUUCUAAUCACUUAUCAUUAUCUUAUUUCUUAAUAUCUCUCCCUCAUUUAAAUGCAGGAGAAGGACUUGGUCUUUUUACAGUUGUAUUCCCAGUGAUUUGAAGGUAUUUGGUAUGUAGUGGGUGUCCAAUAAACAUUUGUUGACCAGAAGUCUAUAAGCAGCCCUAAAUAAUACAUCACUUUAUGUCUGGCUCACAAAUUUGGAAAUUGAGGCUCAGCACGGUCUUUGAAUGACAGAGCCAGUCACUGACCAGAUCAUGUCAGCAGUUUAUGCUUCAUCCAGCCACCUCCAGACAAGACAGAAUACUGAGGAUAUGGGGAAAAAAAUGGUCGUAGUAAGAAAUGGAGGGAAAUGCUGAAGCUGCCUCUCGUCAGCCAGUGCAAGGAGCUCCGAUACUCUAUCGAAAAGGAUUACUGCAGUCUUUGUGACAAGCAGCCCAUAGGAAGACUUCUCUUCAGACAAUUCUGUGACACAAAGCCUAAGCUAAAGAAGUGCAUUGAAUUCUUAGACGCAGUGGCAGAAUAUGAAGUUGCUGAGGAGGAGGACCAAAGUGAUUGUGGACUGUCAGUCUUAAAUAAAUUCUUCAGCAAAGAGAAUGCAGUCCUCUUACCAGAGGUAACUCCCCACGUGGUGAGAGAGUGCAGGGCGCAGCUGCUGAAGGACCCUUCCAAGACAGUUUUUGAGGAACUCACCAGAGUUGUCCGUAACUAUUUAAGUGGGAAACCAUUUGAAGAAUACCAAGAAAGCUCAUAUUUUUCUCACUUUUUACAGUGGAAACUGCUGGAAAGGCAACCAGUCACAAAGAACACGUUUAGGCAUUACAGAGUUCUAGGAAAAGGCGGAUUUGGAGAGGUGUGUGCCUGUCAAGUACGAGCCACAGGAAAAAUGUAUGCCUGUAAAAAGCUGGAGAAAAAACGGAUAAAGAAGAGGAAAGGCGAAGCUAUGGCUCUAAAUGAGAAGAGAAUCCUAGAGAAAGUGCACAGCAGAUUUGUGGUUAGUUUAGCCUACACUUAUGAAACCAAAGAUACCUUGUGCUUGGUACUCACCAUCAUGAAUGGAGGGGAUUUGAAGUUUCACAUUUACAACCUGGGCAAUCCUGGAUUUGAUGAGCAGAGAGCUGUUUUCUAUGCUGCAGAGGUUUGCUGUGGCUUGGAAGAUUUGCAGAAGGAGAGAAUUGCAUACAGAGACUUAAAGCCUGAGAAUAUUCUCCUCGAUGAUCGUGGACACAUCCGGAUUUCAGACCUUGGCUUAGCUGUGGAGAUCCCAGAAGGGCAGACGAUUCGAGGACGUGUUGGAACAAUUGGCUACAUGGCCCCUGAAGUUAUCAACAAUGAACACUACACAUUUAGUCCUGACUGGUGGGGACUUGGCUGUCUUAUAUAUGAAAUGAUUCAGGGGCAUACACCAUUCAGAAAAUUGAAGGAGAAAGUCCGGCGAGAGGAGGUCGAUCGGAGAGUCAGGAAGGACACUGAGGAAUACUCUGAGAAGUUCUCAGAAGCUACCAGAUCCAUCUGCAGAAUGUUACUCACCAAGAACCCACACGAACGGCUGGGCUGCAAGGGUGACGGAGCAGCUGGAGUGAAGCAGCAUCCUGUGUUCAAGGACAUCAACUUCAGGAGGCUGGAAGCAAACAUGCUGGACCCUCCCUUCUGUCCUGACCCCAAAGCAGUGUACUGUAAGGAUGUCUUGGACAUUGGGCAUUUCUCCACGGUCAGAGGAGUCUACCUGGACACCACAGACAAGAACUUCUAUGCUCAGUUUGUUACGGGGUGUGUCUCCAUCCCCUGGCAGAAUGAGAUGAUCGAGUCUGGAUGUUUCAAGGACAUCAGUGAAAGUGGAAGUGAUGAAAAUUUGCAGUCAGAUCUAGAAGAGAAGCAGCUUGUCCAGGUCCCCAAACCAAAGAGAGGCUUCUUCUAUCGACUCUUCAGGCGUGGGGGCUGCCUGACCCCUGGCCGCAGUGAGCAGGACCUGGAGCCCACGCAGUACCAGUACCCCACCGCAGCUGCAGACCUGGCACCAGGAGGGAGCUCCCAUGGUGUACCACCUGGCCCUGAAUUGUAAUAAACAUCACAGUUUAAAACGUG